CAUGCAUCCAAAUACCACGUAGUAAAAUGCUCAAUGUAACAUGCAUGCCAAAUAGUCUAGAUACAAUACAAUCUUUAAGUUCACUACGAAAUUGAAGAACCACUACUUCAUGCAUAAUACGUAAAUGGAGUUAAUAGUGGAAGUAUGUAGUGGGACGGGGAAUUGAGUAAGAAACGUAAGGCUGCGGGCAGUAAUUCUGAGUCAAGCAGUUUACUAGUGGAAGGUUUGGUGAACUCUUUUCCAAAAAACAGGUCGGUGACAGCUUCUGGUAUCUAAACCCUCGGGAAUCGUGAGUUGCCUCGGUUGGAACUGUCGAGGGCUUGGCAAUCACACGACAGUUCAAGCACCGGUGGACUUGGUUCACCAUAAGAUGGAGGCCUUCUUUAGUCUUCGUGAUGGACGCCUUUGCUAAUAAUACCUUCAAAGUGGAGAGUAAUUUGAGAAAGAUUGGUUUGGAAUCUUGUUUUGUUGUGAAAAGUGUUUGGCACUGAGGAGGGCUUGCGUUAAUUUUGUAGGCGGGUUCAUGUGUAGAUCCUUGGUUCUUUUUGUCACUUUAGUCAUGAGGUGGAGGUGGAGGAUCAUGUAUGUCCCAAGAGGAACAUGCAUAGAGAGUCAUGUGAUCACAUGACUCUCUAUAUGAUCUCCUACAAUCAUUAAGCGUGGGUGGAAAUCUUUCAUGAGUUGUCAUGGUGGACUUCUACCAUCUCAUGUUUGCCUCUUACAAACAUGGACAGAUCCCUACUUUUUAUAAUUUCCUUUUUCUAAUAAACUAGUGAGGUGUUUUCUGUCCCUCACCCCAAAUACCUUCGGGAUUUUGGUCUGCCACCGGGUUUCUAAAAAACGUGGACAGAUCCCUCAUCCGACAUAGUUGUUGAAUGGUUUAUGCAGGACAGUUUGGGCGAGUGGUCUACACAGUUUUGCAUUUCAAGGUACCAAUACACAUGGGAGCGUUGGAGGGGUUCUCCUGAUCAAGUGGAGAAGAAACUUGAUAGAAUAUUAGUUUCAGAGAGUCGGUUGGAUGUGUUUGGGGAGGCUACCGUAGAAUCUUUAGAAGGGUCAUCUAGCGGAUCAUUUGUAGAAUGUUUUCACCGAAGCGUAAUUUAAAUUUGAGAAUGCUUGGCUUCGUGAAUAGAACUGCAGUGCCCGUUGGGGUGGAGUCAAAGCUAUGGGAUAACGGUUCGGGUUUUACAGGAAAAGAUUGGGGUUCUUAUGCAUGUGUUCAGACCCAUGGGGGUUUGCUGAGUUUCAGAGGGUUGAACAGCAAUAUAUAUCUUGAACUGUUGGAGCAGGAAAACUAUUACUGGAGAUAAAGGGUAAAAGAUUUUGGUUGCAGGGAGGAGAUCAAUACCCGAUAUGUCCAUAUUUUGUAAAAACACUGGCGGAGGAAGAAUAAAAUAGAGGGUUAUAGAUUGGAGGAUGGACGGUGGGAGAGGAAUCGAGUUGCACUAGGGCUCUGAUUGGAGAAUACUUCAGUAAUAUUUUUUCCUCGGGUCAUGGUGGAGGUGAUUUCGUUUUUGGCCUUUUGGGUGUGUCCAAAGAAAGUUGGAGGAGCAUCAUAAUAUUGAGUUAUUGCGCCCUAUUAAAAGAGGAAGUAAAGGUUGCACUAUUUGGUAUGUAUCCAUAUUAGUCUAUUGGUCUAGGCGGUACGAGCUCGGGAUUCUUCCAACCAUUACUAUGAUGUGGUGAGACCAAAUGUUAUUAGUUUCUUAAGAACGCUCUUUGAGAUAGGUAAGUUACCAAAAAAUAUUAAUCAUAAUGAUAUUUUGCUUAUUCCAAGAAAAAAAAGAUAACCCUGAGGAACGUAGAGAUUGGAGACCCAUGCCUCUAUUUAAUGUGAUAUAUAAGAUUUUUUCCAAAGUACUGGCUAAUAGAAUUAAAAAGUUGUUGCAUUUGAGCAUCUCUAAGCAACAAAGUGCCUUUAUUCCGGUAGUCACAUUGUUGAUUAUAUUAUGUUAGCUUUUGAAUCUCACUAUUGCUUAAAGCAGAAAAGGCAAGGUAAAAUUGGGAUCUGUUGCUCUGAAAUGACACUCGGGCUUCGCAGAGAAAUGGGUACUGUUGAUUAUGGAGUGUGUUACAUAGGUCUUUAUUUUACUCCAUUUGAUGAUUCAAAGAUCGGACCUAUUUCACCUGAGCGAUGGUUAAGACAAGAACAUCCUUUGUCAACCUAUUUAUUUGUCUUAAUUGAAGAGGGGUUGAGUGUGCUCCUCCAAAUACAUGAGGCUACGGGUCGGUUUCAUGGGGAAAGCUAUUGCUCGGGGGCACCGAGAAUUACACAUUUUUUGCAGAUGGCAAUAUGCUAUUAUUUAAAGCUAAUCAUGAGGAAGUUGUUACUGUGAAGGAAACUUUACUGGAUUAUGAAGUUGCUUCUAUCAAGAAA